CGCUCGGGGACGGCUGCCAUCUUGGUCCGGUCAUCGUACUUACAGUUCAGCAGCAGAAAGAACCAGAUGCCAGAGCACUGUGCCGCAUAUUCGUGUUCAAAUCGCCGGAUCGUCGAAAACAGGGCAAGAUGGAUUACUUUUCACAAGUGAUGUGUGCCGUGCAAGCUUGGUCAGAGAUGCUGUACCAUCAUCAUUUGAUGAGAGCUCCCACCUUCUAGCUCUGAAAAACAAUGGAGGCCUACUGAUUCCAUCACAAGGCACAGUGAAGGUGCUGAGAGUUGCAGAGAGGGUGAUUCGCCAGGCUUCAGCAAAACAAGCUCCAAAGGUGUCAACAGUCACACACAACGUCUGGGAGGAGACUGGAAUGGAGCUUCCAUCUUUCAAACAUGGAAACAUCAUUGUGAACGAAUCCUACGGCGCCUGUUUUUACCUGGAGAGCCAGUUUAAAAACAAGGGAACCAAACUGAUCCCAGAUGACACCGAUCAAAAAGCUCUGAUGUACCAGCGCAUGUUUGAAGGUCCCACAUUCUACGAUAAAGUCCUUACCGCUAUCUACUAUGACUAUUUAGUCCCUGAAGGAGAGAGGCAUGACUCAGCUGUGAAGAGAAACAAAGAGGCUCUGGUCACUGAGCUGAACCUCUGGGAAGGAUACCUGCAGAAGUUAUGUUGCUGGGCUCUGGCUCUUACCUGGCUGGACCGUCUUUCACACUGGCCGAUGUGGUUGUUUUUCCGACUAUUAGUUAUCUUUUCCGAUUUGGGUUGUCUGCUCAGCGUUACCCUAAACUGGGAGAGUAUCAUGCUCUGGUGAAGGAGAGACCCAGCGUCAAAGCCAGCUGGCCUCCUCAUUGGCUGGAGGACCCAAAGGGAGACGAGGACACCCUGAAGGACAUCUGAUAUUUACACCCUCUUGUUAUUGUGAUGUUCUUUUGUGGCCUCCAAUGCAAAGCUUUUGCUUUUGUCUACCAAAAGCUUAACUAACAGCUUGAUAAAUAUGAUACAGCUCAGAUUUUGAUUAUUGGUGCUGUGAAAGAAAUUGUUGGCUGACUUAAUAGUUCUGAAUACAUUUGGGAAUUACAGAUGCAGAUAUGUGGUUCUUUUAUUUUGAGCCCUGUCUUGUGAAAUCUUUAAAGAAAAAGUUUAUAAAUACAGGCUGUAUUAAACUGUACAUCAUUAGAUGUUUGCAGGGUGACAGCAGCAGGAAGACUGGCAUGAUGACAUAGCAGCUUUUGUUGCCCCCGAACACUGUGUUGAGAACUAACAUCAGUCUGUGUCAAAUCACACAUGCAGGCUACUAUUAAAGUUUCUAAUGCAUUUAGAGUUCA